CGCCGUUAAGCUUCGUUAUAUAAGUCUCGUAGGCGCUUAGAAAUCGAUUCUAAACAGGAAACAAAUCCACAACUUAACGUCCAAACCCGUUUGUAGCGAAUUAAACGUCUAAAUUAUUCGUAAAAUCGAAUAUUUAGCGAGCUACUAGACGUCAAUGACACUCACAAAGCGGCUUAGUUGAGUCUGUCCGAACGCUCUUAUCACAUGGUUACACUCGAGAGUUGUUAAUUUAAUACGUUGUAGAGGUGUUUACGAUGCUCUUGCGACGAUAAUUAUGUAAAAAUUUGUUAAUAUUUUAAAUUAAAUUAGCGUAUAGAAGCGUGGGGUGAUCACCGGGGAUGUGUUUGUUUGUAUAUGUUUUCUCUUCACCACCCCGGUUUAAAAUUCGUAGAAACUGGUUUCGUGUCAUCGAAUAGUUUAAAAAAAUUCACAAUUUAAUUCCUAGAAUUUCCUCCUGUGUAGAUUAUGUAUACACUUUCGGGUCUUAUCCGGUCGUUAAAUGGGUAUAUAACAUGCAACGUGCAACAAUGCUGAUGUCACAAUGAUAGAAAAGAGACUAUCCAAUCAUAAAUUUCGAUUAUUAUAUAACAUUAAUGAUCUAAAACUCGUUCCUUAACUAUUCUAAGAAAGUCUUGAGGUGACCUUCGUGCUUUUUUAGAACAAUAAAAGUUUGUUAAGGUGCCACGUAUAUAAAUUCAAUGAAAAUCCCAACUAGUGUGUGAUGGUUUGUGUGGGGGUGAAUACUUUCCUUUGUUUUUACGCGCCUUACAUUUAAAUUAUGAAGUGUUUUUGGUGUUUGGGAGGGCCUAAAGUAUUGAAAAAAUCUGUUUCGAUAAAAAAUUUGGGGGUUAGAAUUCGAGAGAAACAUGUUUAAAGUUAGCGAAAGUAAGGUGUGAUGUGUAUUUGGAAGGAAAAAAAUGAGACUCUCAUUGACCUAGUUUUCAACGCACACACACACGGAGACACACACCUUCCUGUGUGUUUAAAGCAAGGUCGAGAUCGAUCAGAUCGAUCAUCCAAGCGACUGGAUUGAAUAGAGAUCCUGUAUCCAGAAAAUAAAAAUAAAAAAAAUUAGGACAAUUCACACUGUUGCUGUAUUAACUUAACACAGUAAAGAGGUGUCAAGGACAGAAUGAAUAAUGUCAAGUUUGUCUUCGCUUGGUUGAAUAGAUGAUAAUGUGACGUGAAAGGACUUAGAAGAAGAAUUUAAUGACGAUCUCUUUCGAUACUCUGAUCAUCAUCAUCGUUGUUGUCAGUGCUUCUAUUGUUAUAGGAGUCAUAGUUGCCUUGUGUUGGAUGUGGAGAAUCUUACGUCACGAUAGAGAUUGCGUCACUUUGCAGAAUCCCUAUAGCUGGAGUGUUGUACCACGUUGGCCCGCAGACACGUGCACACCCGCUGCAGCAUCACCCGUUACAGACACGCCGUGUGAUACUGCUCCAUUAACUAACGAUACAACGGCUGCGAGAGUGAUACCCGCUCGAAGGGAUAGCUCAUAUAGGGUUGCAACGGCUCCACCCUGGGAAGAAGUCAUUUCUAGACACAUGCCGGGGUCUGAAGUGUUAGUUAUUGAUGGCACGGAGCCGCCGCCUCCUUAUGCGGUUUAAAAACGGAAACAUGAUCUGCCUCCGUUUUUGGAUGGUAAAAUUUUUAUUUGUUAAUUUUUAUACGUAAAAAUUAUCUCUGUAAUAAUAAUAACUAAACUAUUUUAAUUUUAAGUCGUUUAAAAAUUAAAAUUUAGUUUAGUUAUCGACGAAUCAAAAUGUUGUGGUGGCGCUGAAGAAGAGACAUUGAGAAAUGAUUUUAUCAUCAAACCAAAAAAUGAGUGUUUUUGUUGUAGAAAAUUCUCAAAUUGUUUAAAUUAAUAUUGCUUUAAAAUUUAAUUUAUUAAAAAUAUAUAACACACUUAAUUUUUUUAAAAAAAUUUGAUACCUGUAUUUCAUAAAGAUCGUAGCUUGUUAUUAAUAUGUGCUGCCAUCUAUAGUGGAAAAAUGUCACUAUCAUUCGUGUUAUUAUUAAUCGAGUGUCGGAAACAUUUUAAACUAUUUUUUAUAUAUUUAGACAUGUAAAAAUAUAUUUUUCAAUAUAUAUAAUAA